AUGUCUAGUAAACCUAAUUCUAAGCGUACUAUUUACGUUGGAGGGCUGGCAGAAGAGGUAGACGAGAAGGUAUUGAAUGCGGCGUUCGUACCGUUCGGAGAUUUAGUAGACGUUCAAAUACCUUUAGAUUAUGAGACUGAAAAGCAUAGGGGCUUUGCAUUUAUCGAAUUUGAGAAUGCAGAAGAUGCUGCCGCGGCUAUAGACAAUAUGAAUGACUCAGAACUCUUUGGUCGAACGAUCAGAGUGAACAUAGCAGCUCCACAGCGUAUCAAAGAAGGUUCUACUCGACCGGUGUGGUCUGAAGACUCAUGGUUGCAGAAAUAUGCUGGUGAAACAUUACCAGUGUCCAAAGACAAUAAUAAAGAUAAAGAAAAUAAAGAGGAGGGAACUAAAGAGAAUACAGAGAAUUCUAAUGCACCGUCAAAACCGAUGGAGAAGCGUAACCCACAAGUGUACUUUGAUAUAAGUGUGGGCAAGCAAUCUUUGGGCAGAAUUAUCAUGAUGCUCAGAGCAGACAUAGUGCCGAAGACUGCGGAGAAUUUUCGAGCUCUGUGCACGCAUGAGAAAGGUUUCGGGUACCAGGGGAGCAGUUUUCACAGGAUUAUUCCCGAUUUUAUGUGUCAAGGCGGCGACUUUACGAAUCAUAAUGGGACGGGCGGGAAGUCAAUAUACGGGAGGAAGUUUGACGAUGAAAACUUUACAUUACGCCACACAGGACCCGGUAUACUGAGUAUGGCGAAUUCAGGACCUAAUAGCAAUGGAUCACAGUUCUUUUUAUGUACUACAAAAACGGACUGGCUGGACGGCAAACACGUGGUGUUUGGUCAUGUGAUAUCAGGAUUGGACGUAGUUAAGAAAAUGGAGAAAUAUGGCAAUAAGACUGGGGCAGUAUCCAGCAAGAUCACCAUCAGUAACUGUGGGGAAUUACAAUGA